CCGAUACUUCUUAUCAGUAUGCCGAGUGUCGUCUGGCGUGAUGCACAAAACUGCACACGGACCAUGGAUAUCAGUUUUAAGCAGUAUACCGAAGUGAAAUUUUGUGAUGCGGCUCUUCGGAAUGCUCUUCGCUUGGAUUGCGUUGAAUUGGUGCAGCGAGCGAUCGCCAAGGGAGGCGAUGUUAACUGUCGGUACGCAGAAGACUGGAACACUCCACUUCAUUUGGCAAUUAUCAACCACUGCCAGUCAUCGGUAAUAAACGAGUUGAUGAAUCAUACGCUGGAUUACGGACUGGUGAAUGGAGACAAUUUUACGGCUUGCGAGCUGGCUUUACGGAAUGAUUUACGGGAUUUGGGGCGGGCACUGAUUGUGAAGGAGUCCGGGUGCGUUGAAGAGCCAGUGGAUGCUAUCUACGAAAUGCUCAAAAGAAAUUCGGUAGAAGCUCUAGAAGUGUUAAUUGAAGUGUUGGGCUUAUCUGGAUAUUCUUUAGCAGAGUGUUUAUCAAAAGCGUGGAACAAAAUAGAAAUUAUGAACGUGAUGAUGAAUCCGGAAGUGAAAGUGUUUGUCCACAUGACGCUCAUUAGUUUAGACUAUAGUUUGUCAAUUGGAAGUAAACAGGAAGGUAGCUCACAGAACUUACAGGCUGAGGCUCAAGAUCAAAUCAAUCUGCUGAUAACUGAAAUAUCAUUAAUUGAGCAAAAAUACGAUACUGGAUUGUGUCAUGAUAUUACCGAUGAGUUUCUGGAAGUGUUAAGGCUGAUUCUAAAGCACAUGUUUGUAGUGAAGAAUAAGGUGGAUAAGUUUCCUGCAAUGCAGUUGGAAUACUGUAUAGCUAUGUACUUAGCAAUAUUCGACCGAAAGCCGGAUCUAGAUCUGUACCAGUUAGUAAUUAACAAACGAUUGUUGAUAGAGUUCUUGAAGCUGUUCAAAUCUUGGCAUAACAAUCCGUGGAUCGACCAACGAAUGUCCUGUGAACUGUUACACACAUUGAUACAAAUAAUGUUCGAAAACAAAGCUGAGAUAAGCGAACAAACAAUAGAAGAAGUACUGAAUAUUGCUAAACCCAAAUAUACUAAAAAGGAAGUUAUUAUGAUUCGGAGUAAAAUUCUUAAAUCUGAUUCAAUAUCAAAGCUUCAAAACUCAACAUUCAAUAAGCUUACCAAAACUGAAUAUGAUUUGCUGAAAAUAGAAUCUGAUAGAAUAAACAACAUGUUUGAGCAUAGAAAAUCAAAAUAUUUAUACAAAAAUUUAAACAAAACAUUUUUUAAAUUGAAACAAAUGUACUCUUUACAAAAAUCAGUACACUACUUAAAUGUUAUUAAAAUGAUCGAUUUGAAUCCCGUUCGUAGCUGUUAUGUCGAAAUGCUCGCAAUUCAACGAGUCAUACAAGUGUUGGGCGAAACACUGAAAUCAACCAAGCUUUCGCCGAACAUUUCGAGCAAUUUGAAGUCAAUUUUGGAAUUUGUUUCGCCAGGAGAGUUACUGAAAUGGAUCAGCAAACUUCGGCAAUAUUUCUCGCAUAAUUAUUCAUUCACUAAGCAUGCACUUUAUCGGCGGCUGCGAACCAAUGAUCCGGAGUUGAUCAAUUUCUUCAAGCGGGUUAAGGCUGAUCUGUUGAAGGUAGUUCCCUUGCUUAGUAACAUCUUCACGGAUUACGUUUAUAGAUUGUUCAAAGGUUUUCUUGGCUACGUCUUGACAUUGAAAUCCGUGGAGCAUGUAAGGUCGUAUGCCAAGGCAAGUCGUGUUCGACUUGGAUUCAAAUUAGAUCACGAAUUUCAAAGCUCUGAUUUAGUGGAAAUUAAAAAGCAGCUAGCAGAUUUGAAGCAACAUUUCAAUCCAGAAUGUCAUAGCAGCAAUCUGGAGGUGAUAGCAAAGAUAAACUCACGAAUUGACAGUUAUGUUAAUUUUUUGAAUGGUAGAUCGAUCAAUUUCAUGACAGAAAUGGUUUUGAGUUGCAUUGGUGAGCUGCUGCUCUGUGAUAGACUAGUUUAUCAGAGAAAUGUGGCACGUUUCUACUUGAAAAGUUCUUUCAGUCCCAAAAGUGGUGGCUAUGGUGCUGCGACAUUCCUUAUGCAAAGCUGUAAUCCGUUAAUACGUGAACUGUUGACAAUGGAAGCGAAAAUCCCGGAUGAAAAUUCGCUUAAGAGGACUACCAUGAUUCAAGAUUUGCUCAAAUUGGCUAACGUUGAAGAUAUUCGACAGCUGCAUGAACUGACAUUGAUUAGUGAUAAAUCAUUGACAAACAUUUCCAAAGACGUAUGCAAAAUGCUUGUAGAUGGAUUUGUUUCCGCUAAUCACUUUAAGCAGUUAGAUAAACUCCUUCAAAAGUAUUAUGCCAAUAUGUUUGCUGUAGACGAUAAAUAUCGUAUUGUCAAAAAUUUCUGUAAGAGCAAUAAACUGAUUUAUAAUACGGAAGCAGCAGCACAGUGUCGCAAAAAGGAUAAACAGGAAUUGAAAAAAGUGUUAUCUGAUCUUAUACAGGAUAUGACUGAUAUUCUCUCGCUCCCGGAGAAUAUGAAAAUAUCAGACUUAGUUCCGUUGAUAGCGUGCUGUGAAGUUUAUGAAACUGAUAAUAUUGAAAUGUUUGCGCUGGAAACAAUACUGCUUGAAGUGUUGGAGAUUUUAUCGAGUCAGGGAGUUCUAACAGAUAAUCGAUUCAUGCUGAUGUCGUACAGAUCAGUCGUUUCGGGCCGAAAUCUGCGCAAUUAUCUGGCUCAUGAUGGUUUAGUUUAUGAAACUGUUUGCAGAAAUAGUAGUUCUGGCUUGACACUGAUGAUAAAUGCCAUUUGUUUAGGCAGAUACAGCGAUGUUGAGUUAUAUUUGAAAAGAGCAUCAGUUUCGAUUCAAAACCCUUUGGUUACAGUUACUGAUAUGAAUGAAUGGACAAAACAGCAUAUUUAUUUAAAAUCAACCAUUUAUGACAACAUUGAAAAUGAUAGAAUUGAUUUGUUGAUAUCAGAUGACACAGAGUUGAGUGCUCGGGAUUAUACCGAUCGAACUGUAUUGAUGUCGUUGAUAGAUCAUUUCUCUGAACAGUUCAUAUAUUAUCUGCUAGGAAGAUCAUCGAAAGUAAGGUCACUGGUUGAGAAAAUGGUUCGAAGAGGACUUAAUCAAGAGCACAAUUUUUAUGAUGAUGACGAAUUUACUUUGGCUAAACUCAUCAGCCACCAAAAUAUUAGAGAUAACAUGUCGUUUUAUUUGUCUUUAAAAAAUCAUCACUUCGAGCUGGAACAAGAGAUAGAUCUUUUGGGUGGUGGUGCAUACAAUGAAGACAGUCUUCACAUGGCAAUCAUUUUCGAAAACGAGAAAAGUGCUCUGUCCAUAAUCGACGACAGUCGUCUGUACUCAUUUUGCAAGCAUGAUGCAUGGAACUACCGAAAUACCAUUUUGACCUUGGCAGUUCUGCACAAGCUACCGAAUGUCGUUCGUCGGAUCUGUGAAACAAGUCCCGACUUGAUAGAGCGUACCAACACAAGCCAGGAAACACCUCUUCGAAUAGCCACUGCCACUUCCUGCAAAGAAAUCGUCGAGAUUCUGCUCGAGUUUGGUGCACAGAUCUUCAACAAGAACAAGCCGCCGAUCAUCAAUGCGCUACAGGUUCGGAAAGACGAACUACUGGAUAUUAUGCUACCGUCCAACGAUGAACUACUGAACAAUGAAACACUCUUAAACCAGUUGAUUAUUAAUGCCGGGACCAGCAAUCACACUAAAUUACUAGUCAAACUACUCCCGAUAGUUGAAUCUCGAUCAAUCCUCAUCAAAUCGUUAUAUUCUGCAGUUUCUAAUAAUCAGCUGAAAGCAGCUCAGGUACUGUUGGAUUUUGAUGCGAGUAUUGUGAAUGAACUAAAUGAAUUCGACAGUACUGCACUAUUUACCGCUUCUUACUCUGGGCAUGAUGCCUUAGCUAAAAUGCUAAUUGAGCGUGGCGCAGAUUGUAGCGUUCCGAAUCAGAAUUCGCCAUUGCAAUGUGCUAUCGAUAUGAAUAGAUACAAUCAGUUUAAGAUGAUGGUUCAAAGAGGGAUAACGGAUUUAGAUCUACGAAACAGACUGUUCCAGGAUUUAUUUGACCUGUCUAGAUUCAAUUGGAUCUGGACAGCAUUGCGGGCAGGUGUACCUUGUAACUUAGCCAUUGACCAAUCUGUGGUGCGAAAAGUUUUAGACAACCCCACAUUGGAAUUUUUGUUUAAUCUGAUUCGAUUCAGAAAGGACCUGAUUCAGCAGGUUGAUACUUAUACCUUAGCGAAUGCAGUUUUGUUGAGAAAGUAUAAAUUUGUGAAAUUUGUUCUUGAACGACUUGAGACAAGUUACGAUCGGACAAGGCUGUUGAACUGCGCUGUCAAAGCAAACGACAAGGAAAUGGUGUGUUUGUUGAUUGAAGCAGGAUGUUCGGUAAAUUCAGCAGAUGCGUAUGGAAUUACUCCUUUGGCAACUGCAGUUACAGUAGGGAAACCAGAUAUGGUUAAAGUUCUCGUGAAGUUUCAAGCUGACCCUAACUUAGAAUCAAUGGGAAACUGUGAGUGUCUGUUAGAUGCUUGGAAUAUUUUGAGUGAUAACAUUUUUGAACAACUUGGAGGUGAAUACUAUCAAACGUAUCCGCUGAUUCUUGCAGCUAUGCAUUCUUUUGUAAAAAUCGCUGAAUAUCUUUUGAAGUCUGGAGCAAAGGCAGAUAUACGUGACCAAAGUGGAUUUACACCUCUGAUUGCGGCAGUAUCUCACGGAGAUACGGAAUUAGUCGAUGCUCUGAUACAGAAUGGUGCCAACGUUGACUACUGUCGGAAUUUCUCGCAUUCUAUUUUCAAAGAUGGUUCAGCGCUUCAUUUUACUGCCAUUUAUGGGCACUUGGAAAUGGCUAAGCUGAUGAUAGAGGAAUACCAUUUCGAUCACAAAGCUAAAGAUAGCGACGGAAACACUGCUCUUCAUCUGGCAAUCAUCAACGGUCAAGCCAAUUUCGUUGAGUAUUUCAUAACCAACGAUAAGCUAUGGGAAGAACCGAAUAAUUGUGGAGAUACGCCUCUUAUAUUGGCAUUGAAACAUCUCAAUUUGCCUAUUUUACAACUUAUUAAAUCCAAACCGAAAUGUAAAGAAACUGUUCGAGAAUUUAGAGGAGCGGAAAACAGAUCACUUCUUCAUAUGGCUGUUUUGAAAGGGUCCGCCGAUGUCUUACAGGUCUUGUUGAGAGAAUUCGACAUUGAUUGCUGUUGGAUGGAUCAGUUUGGCCACACUGCUCUAUACUACGCCGUUCUGAAGAAAAAUUGCGAAUUUGUCAAACUGAUAAUGGAAGCUGGAAGUUCUCUCACUGGUCCAUGUCAAUACUCCACGAUGCCCCCUUUUGUUGUAGCUGUACUGUCGAAUCAGCUUGACAUAGUGAAGCUGUACAUUGAGAAGGAAAAGGAUGCAAUUCAACAUUUUAAGGAGUACAGUAGCAAUGGUAGGAACUUGCUGGUUUCGUCGGUAAUGCAGAAUAAUUUUGCAAUGUGUAAAUUGCUUCUCAAAUCUAUUGAAUUCGAUCUGAACGUAGCUUACGAAAUUGGGUACACGGCCAUACAAGUGGCAGCUACGAAACAUUCGGUCCGAAUGGUAGAUCUACUCAUACAUCACGGAAGUAACAUAGAUCAAAUCAAUCAGGAUGGGAAGACAGCACUUAUAAUGGCGAUUGAGAAUGGAAAUUGCCGUGAGGCACAUUACUUACUUCAAAAAGGCUCAUCUAUGCAGAUUGCCGUAGAUUACCGUUUCAGUGACGAGAGCGGAAUGAAUCUGCUUCACUACGUAGCUUAUACGGGGAAAUUGAACUCCGUCAAGUUUCUUAUCGAUAGAGCGUUUUUCACUAGAACGAGCACGGACGCAAAUGGAAAGACAAUUGGGCACUAUGCGGCCUCGAAUAAGCAGCACGCUGUUAUCGAGUUUCUCAUAUCUUCGCAAUUUCCUCUGGAUCAAUUGGACAACGACGGUAGAUCAGCAUUGAUGUGCGCAUUGGAAAAUGAAGAUGUUCAAUUAGCAAAACGACUAAAGUCCAUUGGAUCCUCGUUGGAUGUUGUUCAGCUGUACAUAAAUAAAAAUUACUUCUUGACAAAAGCGUUAAGAAAUAACAAUAUGGAUUUGAUCAAAUUCCUCACAGACGACUGCAGCAUUACGAUAUGCUCGAUUGUUGAAAAUAUGUUGUUCAAUUCCGCCAAAGCAGAUCAGAAUAAAUCACCGACUGAUAAUUUGGGAUCCAUCACUAGUUUUCAAAAUCAAUCUAUUUCUCCAAUAAUCCAACAUAUACUUGAUAAUAACAUAGAAAAUGUUAAACAACUUAUAGAUGAUGUUUCCUCUCUAGAAGCAGUAAGAAGCUAUCGAAUGCCUACCAGAGAUCAAGAAACAUUACUCCACGUUACUGCCCGUAAAGGUUACUCAUCUAUGCUUGCACUAUUACUUGAAAAGGGCGUUUUCGAUAUCGAUAUAGGUGAUGUGGAUCAAACAACAGCCUUACAGGACGCAACCAUGACAGGACGAAAUGAAUGCAUAAAUCUCCUGCUACAACAUGGUGCCAACAUCAACUUUGUGGACUUACAAAACACUACUGCCCUGACAAGAGCUUGUGUAAACUCACAGAAGGAUGUUGCAGAAUUGCUGUUGAAUCUUGGAGCUGAUACAGCAAACACCAAAGCUUUCCACGUUGAAACUAGGGAAGGGGCAACUGCCUUGCAUAUUGCAAUUCUAGGUGAUUUGAGUUUAAUGGAACUCUUGGUAAAAAGAAUAGGAAUUAACAUCAACACUGUGGACGCUUGCGGGCGAACAGUAUUACACAUUGCUUCUCAGAUAGGAUCAAUUCAAGCAGCUGAAGAAUCCUUGAGGUUAGGAGCCUGUGCAAAUUUGAUAGAUCAGUAUCGGAGAACGGCAUUUGUGACAGCACUCGAAUCAGGUCAUGAAGAAGUGGCAGAACGACUUCUCGUGGCAACACAGGAUAAAGAAUAUCUUCGUGACUUUCGAAUGGAAGAAACUUUGAAGUCGGUUCUUCAUAUUGCUCUGGAGAAAGGAUUUGAUCGGAUGAUAUCACUGUUAUUAAAUAAUUACGGACUUGACUGUAAUUGCACUGAUUUUGAAGGAAAAUCGAUCCUCCACUAUGCUGUAGCAGGCGGUAAUGAAUCGUUGAUACGACAAUUGAAGAUUGAUUUAGGUAUGCUAUCCUUAAAAGACAACACAGGGGAAACGCCUAUAUCUAUUUGCGUAAAUCAAUCCAAUCAUGAAAUUUUUGCAUUGUUGAUUGAACCACUAUCCAUUUCCGGGACAGUGGAAUUUUUGGUGAGUGAUAUAAAGAAGGUCUCCUAUGAGGAUUACACAAAAUUUACGAAUCUUUUCAGUAGAUGGCUUCUUACCCAUAAGAAGAGUUACAUUGCGGAAAACCAAUCGUUUGUUUCUAUGGUCAGCCGCGUCUACAAUGUUGAUCCACUUCUGUAUGCAAUCCACGGAGAUCACAGAGAUCUUUUAGAUCUAUUCCUAAAAUCUGGAUUUGAUAGAUCAAUGUUAAAAGACUCCACAUGGCUGCAUAUAGCGGCCCUUAAAAACUUGCAUUACCUUGCAAAGGUAAUGCUUGAUGAAUUAAAGACAAACGUUGACUGUAUUGACGACUACGGUAGGACUCCACUAUAUUAUGCCGUUACCAUACCGCAAAAGGAGACAGCCAAAUUACUUUUGGAACGUGGAGCUAACGUGAACUUUCAGGACGCCACCAAGCGGACUCCUCUGCAAACCGCUUUGGAAUUCAAUAAUAAGGAAAUGGUUCAGUUGCUACUAGAGCACCACGCGGACAUAGGACUGUUGCAAGAAUUUCGAUACCUUAACGAGAACGAGCACUUAGUGCAACAUUACCUCGUAGAACGAGGAUUAACAGAAAUGCUUACAUUGAUUCUCUCCGAAAUCGACGUCAUGCACGUUGAUAAGCACGGAAUGACUCCACUGCAUUACGCUGCUGGAUGCAAUCAACUGGAAAUGAUAGAAUUACUUGUGAGCGCUGGUGCUGAAGUUGAUUGUUUCGAUGUUCACAAAACAACACCGUUGAUGAGAGCUAUAUCCAAAAAUCACCUAGAGGCAUAUCACAAGCUAGUUUCGUUAGGGGCAAACGUUGAUUUGGCGCGACAAUUUCGUAAUAACAAUUUUGAUGGAGAAUCAAUACUGCAUAUAGCCGCUGAAAAAAAUCGAAUCGAAGCAAUGAAAUUUCUAGUGGAAGAAUUGAAAUGCGAUGUAGAUUGUAUUGAUAAAAAUGGAAACACCCCCCUCCAUUAUGCGUUACAAAAGGGGUGUUUCGAAGUGGUAAAAUAUUUGCUUGGUAAAAACGCAAACCUCCAUUUCAAAAAUAAUAAUGAUCAAUCGGCGCUUCAGCUACUAGAAGAGGUAAAUUUCGACGUCAAAUCCACUGAAACUUAAGGGGGCAGGAUCCGUCAUUGAUGUCGGAAUUUUCAAAAGCAGUUUUUCGGCUACCCAAUCGAAACACACUGAACACAUUAUCAUCG